AUGGCCAAAUUCCUGCCAUUCCAAGACGCGACGACGCAAAUGCUCCUUCCGCACGAGACCCUGGACACAGAUCACCGGUCAGUUUGGCCAUGGAAGAGGUGGUUUGCGAGGGAGGAACCCCUCACCCCGCGACCCGACGAGCAAGCAGCAGCAGCGCCGCGUCCCAAUCUUGCUAGGAGGAUAUCGAGGAAGGCCAUACCAGGGCUACCCAGACCGGGAACCUUCAAGAGGCGGCAAUCUGAGCUCCGGCAUAAUUUAGAGGCGGCGAAGGCCAAACAGAAUGAGAGGCGAGCUUUCUCAGUCGACCCUCAUAGUGCCGACCAGCUCUGCGAUUCGCCGAAAACGUCCACAUUGUCUCUACCGCGAAACUCUGCACCGACCCUAAUAGGAGUGGCUACCGAUGAUGCUGAUAUUACAACGGAGGAGCAACAGGCGAUCCCCGAAUUAGCAGAGCCCGAAAUUCUGAGAGACGAUUUUGCUGAGCACCCUGGACCACAUUCGAUCGCUGGAUCCGAUGAACUCCUCGACGAGGAGCUCGACAAGAGAUGGAUCCUCAAUCUCAGUAUGCACUUUCGAGAUCGAUCGAACCGAGAGAAGUUCUUCGUUACAUAUGCGGAAACUCCGACUCACUGGCGCCGAGUCACAAUAUCUCUUGAUUAUCGGGAAGCACCGCUGGGCUCAUUGGAGGAAGAACUGCAAAAGACCCAGUAUCAACGUGACAAAAGUGCCAGGAUCUACCUGGCAAUUCGGGAGUCUCUACCCGACAUCCAAUUUUAUGAUACUGUCACGAAUUUGAAGCUUCAAACGGAAAGCGACAGGCUGCACGUGCAUGUCACGGAAGACAUACACGAGGUCAUUCAAUUUCCACCAGUCUCAGCCAUUAAUCAUCUGUACUGUCAGAGGGUCAAGGAGCAAGACCUUGUGUUCGAUUCUCAUCUUUCGGGCUUUGUUUACAAAGUCACGGUUAACGGGCGUGUGUUUAUCAAAAAGGAGAUUCCGGGGCCUGACACGGUGGAAGAAUUCUUAUAUGAAGUCAAUGCACUUCAUCGACUUUCUGGUUCGGACAGUGUUAUCCAAUUUGGAGGCGUCAUUACAAGUAAUGAUGGAUCGCAGCUGAAAGGUCUGUUGAUCAGUUUUGCGGAGAAGGGAGCCUUGAUCGACGUUAUUUACGAUGGUAAAGACCAAUUGUCAUGGCCGCGACGUGAAUGCUGGGCGAAACAAAUCGUCCAAGGAUUAUCAGAGAUUCAUGAAGCUGGCUUUGUACAAGGAGACUUCACGCUAUCUAAUAUUGUCAUCGAUGGCGAGGAUAAUGCAAAGAUUAUUGACAUCAACCGACGAGGUUGCCCAGUCGGAUGGGAGCCACCUGAAGUUGCUGCUCUAAUCGACAGCAAGCAAAGGAUUUCGAUGUACAUUGGCGUCAAGUCUGACAUAUUUCAGCUCGGUAUGGUUUUAUGGGCUCUGGCCAUGCAGCAAGACGAGCCUGAAAUUCAACCGCGACCUCUUACGCUUGCCUCUGCCCCGCAAGAGAUUCCGAGCUACUAUCGUGCCUUGGUUGGAAUAUGCCUUAGCGACGACCCCAGAACCCGGUGUCACACAACGUCACUUUUGAGCUUGUUUCCGGAAAUAGAGAGCGAUGACCACGGGAGGGAUUACGGCAACCAGCCAUCAGACCGUGCCGAGUCCCAAUAUAUCGACCCAGCCAAUGCUGUGGAGAGGGAUGAUAUUGAUAAUUUCCGACUUAUGGACUCGCAAACAAGCGAGAGAGGCGGGAUGGCACCAUCAACUGGUACACACACGUAUGUGAAUGCACCAACUGACAUGUCCGGCGAGGCUUACUUCUUUCCUAGGAGAGGCCGGUCUCCACCGAGAAGUGCCGUUGAAGAGCAUGAGUAUGAGCCUCGAAUUGUCACCGUAUCGCCAGGAAGGCACUACCUGGAAGAAUACCAGGUCAAUGAAAGUGUGCCAGAUAACGUGGUCGACGAUUUUGUAGUGCCACAUGACAUAGCGGACAACGAUGCCAUUGGUGGCGGCGAAGCGACCGUGCAUUUUGAUAUUGAGGAUGUAGUUGGAGAUAAUGAACAUACCAACUCAGGGGAGAAUAGACAUGCCAUCGACCAUACAGAAAAUUCACCAGAGGAUAUGAGUCAUAUCGACAAUGCGGCCGAGGAUGUCACCUCCUCCCCUGCACAUGAGAUUGUGGUCACCAAAGACAUAACCACUGCAAUUGCAAAUGAAAAUGCAAGCAUAAUUAAUGGAGAUGCAAUUGAGGCCAGCGCCAUUUCUCUUAGAGACGAGAGCCAAGACGUGCUCGGGUCUCUUAGGAAUGCCACCGAAAGCAACACCGCUGUUUCCAGAAACCACCAAAACAUCCAAAUCCUCGCCGCAACAGUGGCGCAUGAAGAUACAGACAACAAGGAAAGAGAUGUUAUAGAGAGCUACGUGGCUACCCCUGACAAUGGCGGCGAAAUUACUCUCAACUCUGCGGCGACCGUUAUGAGCUAUUCAGGCCACGCCCAAAGUGCAACCGAGGACAACAGCACUGUAGCCGGGUAUAGAAGCGACGAUAUCGAGAUUAUGAGCGGAGAUGUCAGUUAUAUAACUGGAAAUAUGGCCGAGGAUCGCGACGUAGCCCCUGGAGAUGGAAUCGAAGAGACGCAGAACGUGGUCGUCAAACACGCUGAUUGGGAUGCAAACGAUACCGCAGAGGAUAAAAUCAAGGACGAUACCGUUCUUGGAGGCUCAAGCAACAGCACGGGCGAUAAGAUCACAGGGAACGGCAUUGCCUCUGAAGAAGCUGUGGGGCAAUCAGCUAUCCCAGGUGAUGAAGAAAAAGAGUGCGGGGAAGUCGCGACCGAGGAGUUUGUGAUAUUGGGUUUAAGAACGAAUACAGGCACCAGCCUGCAGCACCAGGACAACAAUUUGGAACAGAUGGACGCAGCGAUUGGCGACCUGACAGGUAUUGGGGGACACAGCACCCUAGAGCAUUCUCAGAUUCCUCAGGGAAUUAGCGACGAUGAUUUAAUGACCGACAUGCGAUGA